AUGCGUACCUCUUUCGUUGCCAUACUGGCACUCGGCGCCGCUGCCGUCUCUGCUGCCCCAACUCCUUCUGCCGUUUCCGAGCUUGUUGAGCGUUCUUCCUCGACUUGCACCUUCACCUCCGCUGCUAGUGCCAAGGCUGGCAAGAAGUCUUGCUCCAACAUUGUCCUGGACAACAUCAAGGUCCCUGCCGGCCAGACCCUCGACCUCACCAACUUGAAGGCUGGCACCAAGGUCACCUUCAAGGGUGAGACCACCUUCGGGUACAAGGAGUGGACCGGUCCCCUCAUCAGCGUUUCCGGCACGAACAUUGAGGUGACCGGUGCGUCCGGCCAUGUCAUCAACGGCGGCGGUGCCAGCUGGUGGGACGGCAAGGGAACCAACGGCGGCAAGAAAAAGCCCAAGUUCUUCUACGCCCACUCUCUGGACCACUCAACCAUUUCCGGCCUGAACGUCAAGAACACCCCGGUCCAGGGCUUCAGCGUGCAAGCCGACUACCUGACCCUCGACCGCAUCACCAUCGACAACUCCGCCGGUGACAGCGGCGGUGGCCACAACACCGAUGCCUUCGAUGUCGGCAAGUCCACCUACAUCACCAUCAGCAACGCCAACAUCAAGAACCAGGACGACUGCCUGGCCAUCAAUUCCGGCGAGAACAUCAUCUUCACCGGCGGCACCUGCUCCGGCGGCCACGGUCUCUCCAUCGGCUCCGUUGGCGGCCGCGACGACAACACCGUCAAGAACGUGACCAUUUCCGACUCGACCGUCACCAACUCCGAUAACGGCAUCCGUGUCAAGACCAUCUACAAGGCUACCGGCCAGGUCGCGGACGUGACCUUCUCUAACAUCGCGCUGUCCAACAUCGCCAAGUACGGUAUCGUCAUCGAGCAGGACUACGAGAACGGCAGCCCCACUGGCACCCCCACCACCGGUGUCCCCAUCACUGGCCUCACUGUCGAGAAGGUUUCCGGAACUGUUAAGAGCAGCGCUACCGAUGUCUACAUCCUGUGCGGCUCUGGCUCUUGCUCUGACUGGACCUGGGCUGGUAACAAGAUCUCUGGUGGUAAGACUAGCAGCAAGUGUAAGAACGUGCCUUCUGGUGCCUCUUGCUAG